AUGGCUGCACAACAACAAGAACUAGAUGAGAAGAACCCAUUCUAUGAGUUAGUUGUUAUUUGUUCGACUUCUGGUCAAUUUGACCAAACCGUCAAUUCGUUCAAAGAUAUUAUAAAGAAGUCUAAGUUAGUAUGUAUAAAGGAUACUGAGUUGUUAGAUUGGAUAAAGAAGUACCAAAGAAGAGUUUUGAAGUAUAAUGCUAUAAAUGAGUAUAUAAAUUCUAAGUUUAAAGACCCAAAUGAGGAAAUGCAGAGAAUAUUAGAGAAGAAACACUUCAGAAACAAACAGAAAGAGAUAGAAUACAUUUCGAAGAAAUUGCAAUCGUACGAUUGGAAAACGUACCCUCAUAG